ACUGCGACGACCGCGACGCCCCAACGUCUCGGGGUGCCAUUUGUCCGCUCGUGACCUCGAAAAAUCCUCGUCGUAUUAAUCGCUUCCGACGUUUCCCGCGAACUCUCGAUAACUCCGUGCGGUUACCCCCGAUAAGAUGAGUUCGAGAGAUUGAACGAGAGGUUCUCGAAUUGCACGAUCGACGCGACCGACGAAGGAUUCGUCGUUCGAUGAGGGAGAAGUAGAGUAUCGGCUGUUGCGGGAGACACAUCGGCAUUUUCUCGCGUCAUAUGGUGGUGCGUCAUUCGCGCUGAACUCGGAAUCCCGUGCCGUCUCGAAUACUCUCGCCUCCCUCCCGAGUAUCCCCGAGUCGCACUCGCUUGCGAAAGAAUGAGCUAAUCGCGCGCGCGCGCGCGCGCACGGGGGUGAUUCAAGGUGCGAGGCAUUUUUCGCGCGUCGCGCUUCCGGGCUCGCGGUUGUAGAGGUACAUAACCGGUGGGUGCCAUCGAGGACACUUAUAGUUGUGUAGAACGCGGCCACACGAUGGUCCUCCACGGAGCGAAUCAAAACGGCCUCCUCUCCUUCGAAAAUCCCAACUACCACCUGGACCCAGCUCGGCUGGACGACGCUCUGAACAGCAAUGGAAACGGCAGUUCUCUGUACGAUGAAUUAUACCAGGAAUUGGUCGGCAACGGUGGUAGAAGCGGCGAGGUGACCGGCGGCGGCGGCGGCGGCGGAGGCGGUGGAACGAGGGUGCAGGCACGCAGAACCUACGCCACAUUGGAUUUGGGCAGCAUGGGGGUGGACGUCACCCAGGGCCCCCUCACGCAGGAUUCCGUGACGGACGACGCCCCCGACAACACGGACAACCAUAACCUAGGGUACGGCUGCGAGGGUGUGGCGGAGUCCGCUCUCGUCGACGACACCCUCAACGGGAAUCCCCGCUCGUCGUCCACGUCGUCGUCGAGCGCGAUCCUGCCUCAGUCUCACGCCCUUCAGUCGGAAUCCGCGGGAUCGAUCGACGCUGCGGACACUUCCGGGUCGAGAAAUUAUUGCGAGAAACCCGACAACGAGACCGCAGAGAUGGGCGGCGUGCCGCAUGUGGAGGGUGGCCUGAACAGCGAGCUGUACGCGGUGCCGGUGAAACGGCGACAGCCGAAGGACCAGAAGAACAAUGCGAUUCUGCAGAACAAUACCCAGGAGAAACCGGCGGACGUGGACAGCACCGAUUCCGAGGACAAGGAUGAGAAUCUGCCACCGGGCUGGCAGAAGCACGAAGAUGAGAAUGGACCUUAUUAUUGGCAUGUAAAAAGCGGAAACAUACAGAGAGAACCGCCGGAGGCUCCUCUGCAUACGAAAACGGAGGCGCGUCGAAGCCUCGUCAAGGAUAAUGAUAGCAUAAAUAAUUUUCACACUUUGAGCGGUAUGGUGAACACAGUAACUCGCAGCAACACAAGUUCCGCCCUGGACCAGGAAUUGGAGAACAAGAGGAAGGUGGAAUUGGCGCUCAAACGAAGAAGCUAUCCUGCUAGAGCGGACUCCGAGGGCAGGGACAAGCCGAUCAGAUUCGCCGUGCGAUCCUUGGGUUGGACGGAGAUCGCGGAAGAGGAUCUGACACCCGAGAGAAGCAGCAAAGCUGUCAACAAGUGCAUCGUGGAUCUCUCACUCGGUAGAAACGAUCUCUUGGACGUCGUUGGACGAUGGGGCGAUGGUAAGGAUCUAUUUAUGGACCUGGACGAGGGCGCGCUCAAGCUGAUCGAUCCGGAGAAUCUCACCGUGCUUAACACGCAGCCUAUUCAUACAGUUAGAGUAUGGGGCGUAGGAAGAGACCAUUGUCGCGAAAGGGACUUCGCUUACGUAGCAAGAGACCGAUCGACCAGGAAACACAUGUGCCACGUGUUUCGUUGCGACAUACCGGCGCGCACGAUCGCAAAUACGCUUCGCGACAUUUGCAAGAAGAUAAUGAUCGAGCGUUCCCAGCAUCAGAAUCUCGCGAAACCGGUGGACAUCAAUGGCCGGACAAGCCUCGCUACGAGACCUACGAAUCUGCCCACUGAACAUCGGCGCUUCCACAGAAACGGUCAGGCACUAGUCACACAAUCUUUCCCAACACCGAUGGAGGAACCGAAGAAGGUGUUGCGGGCGCAGUACCUCGGAUCCAUGCAAGUUAACCAGGCGACCGGCAUGGAAGUACUGAACGAGGCGAUAGAACAUAUCGUGACGAACACGCCGAUCAAUCAAUGGCGAAACGUCAACGUCGCCGUAGCUCCGAGCAUGAUUUCCAUUCUUACGCCGAACGACGACAAACUUAUCACCGAGUGUCGAGUACGCUACUUGUCAUUCCUCGGUAUUGGACACAACGUGAAGCAAUGCGCUUUCAUCAUGCACACCGCACAGGACUUGUUUAUCGCACACGUCUUCAACUGCGAGCCCAGCAGCGGAGCCCUCUGCAAGACGAUUGAAGCCGCUUGCAAGCUGAGGUAUCAGAAAUGCUUGGACGCACAUCCACAGGGCUUCAGAAACGCCAGCAGUCUCAAUACCCCGAGCGGCAGGGGUUUAGGCGCGACUCUGAAAUCUUUAGUUGGAUCUUUGACUGGCCGCAGGAACAAGCAGGGCGAGUCCUGAGACGAGGCUCUCUCGCUGCAGAUCAGUCCCCCGACUGUCCGUUAGGAACUCUGGCCACUGCCUGCUGAGCGAGAGGUGAUCCGACACAGGCAUCUGCAGUCGCCGUUGACGCUCAAGUACUUCGGCGGCUCGCCGCCAAGCGCGUCCCUCAAGUCGCUGCUCUCACCCUCCCUGGACACCAGGCGUAUCCAGUUCGCCCGUUGGGAAAGCAACCCCUAGAGAAACACGGGGAGUUGUGCCGGGAAGCGGCCAUAGGGCGAACGGAUAUUCUCUUCACAAUGUAAACGACUGAAUUUCGCGAUAAAUUGCGCAGAGUGCUAUACCAAUACCACAGCUGUAGUGGACUACGCUUACCUAUGUCGAUAUGAUGUUAUGUAUGUUAACGCAAUGAGUCCGAUGAAGGAGGGAGGGUGUCGCGAGUCUGUCAAGAGACAGGGACGACAGCGGGACGCGUCGAUCCUGUCGCGGAAAUCCUUAGGAGGCAGUGUAUACCAGCACGUGGGCAACAUUCGCACGAGAUCAAUGGGAAGGGAGCUCGGGGGAAGAUGAGGAUGGGACGAAGAAAGCGAAAGAAUCGGAAGAGUUCGAGGAGCAAGAUUGUCUGUAUAUACAAGAUGGCGAUUAUCGUGCUAAGUUUAAUCAACUCGCUUGCUCGAGCAAAGAGGUGAAGGAGCCCGCCGGUGGGAUCUCGCGAGCGAAUCAAGUUGUGUGCGUGUCGGAGAGUGAGUGAGCUCUGCAAUUAGCGUAGUAGUAAGCGUAUAUCCGCGAAGGCAUUCGAGGUGAUUCGAGGGGAGCCAUAGAGAGCUUGCAUAUAUAUAAAUAUAAUGUAUAACACACAUACACGUGCGUGUGUAAUGUCGGGUAUACAGAUUUAGGGAAGCGAGAUGAGGACGACAACUAGAUUGCACGGAGUACACGCGUACACGAGUGCGGAGAAACUUCCGCCCGCACACGCACGCACAUAUACACACCACACAUGUGUACGUACACACAGGCCAGCAUCGCGACCGGGUAUCUCGCGGACGUCGUCGCGUUCUCGCACUCUGGCGAUGGUGCGCCGAUCGAGGGCGACGGGUCCGGAGACGCUCCCGCAGAUACACGCGCGCACGUUUACACGACGGCCGAUAGGGAGUUUAUUUUUUAUGGCGAAUUAAUAGGAGCUUUAGGGGAGAGCUUUGCAGCACCUCGGAGAUCGCGAAGCCGAUACGACAAAUACUUAUACCGCGACCGUCCUUUAGACUUCAACCAGGGUGGGGGAGGGCAAAGGGGGGAGGAAUGACACUUAGGCGAGGAAUCAGUGGUGCGCAGCGUUAUCGAAGCCACGUGCGAUCGUAGUUGUAUGCGUUGUAACAUUUAACACAACGCUCAGAAGAAGCGCGGCGAUAACUAAUAAACCGGGCGUAACGGCGGUAUUAAUAAUUAAUGAUUGUCGGUGAUAAUUGUUAUCUUCGUAAGCGCGAACGCUAAAUGAUAAUCGUUACCGCUAGGCGCAUCGUAGCAUGGCGAAUUGCAGUUGAAAAAAAAAAUCUUAUGCAUAUCAGGCCAUCGCAGUUUCUCCGGUCGCUACCUCCAGAGAAUAGAGACGUACGCUCGGGAUGUUACGUACCAGAGGCAUCGUUAACACGAGAAAACGGCACGUACGAAGACUUACUCUCACAGCAUCUAGACACACGUCCCCGCGCACGUAGGAACAUGUACAAGCUACGGGCCGCACCUGGCACUAGCAACCGCCGCCGCUAUCUGGUAGAAUUUAGAUAGCUGAGAACGUAGCGUCAGGCAUGUUUCGGUGGUAACACUUGUAUAAAUCGCAUUGUACCGCGAAUACGUAAUACAUUUAUACGCGUGCGUACUGAUAACGAUUGAUGCGCGAAGGAGACUCACCGCUGUUUGCCGCUAACGAAACACUACGAUUAGACGAAACACGUGUUCCCUAAUACACGCCUAAUUUGUAAUCAACCCUCCCUUCAUUUCCGAUUUUAAUUUCGUAAAAAGCGUAGCUUGAUAUUUUAAAGAUUAAUAGAUCGUUCGUCAAAUCCCACAUCCCCAAAGUAAAUCCAAGUGGCACUUAUCGAUGUAACCCGAGAAAAGCGAGCGAGAUGUGUGAGCCACUGAAAACCGCAUCCUCCCAUUUUACUCGGAGAGACAGCCUUUCCCAUUCGAAGAAAGCGGUCCUCGUUGCGAGGACGGUCACGUCGUACGAGCCAUCGUCGUUGCGAGAGAUACAAAGUUGUGCGGGACCCAGAACGAAGAUAUUUCUAUGUAGCGUUAUAAGUAAGAGAAAAAACACACAGAGAGAAAAAAAGCGGAAAAAAGAGAGACGAGAUAUAAUAGAGCGUUGCGGAAGUGUGUGCGUGAAAGAGCGAGUAUGCAUGAGUGUAUUGCUGAUCGGGGAGGGCGAUUAUUAUUAUUAUUAUUAUGUAAAUAGAUCAUCGCGGUAUCUCUUUCUUUAUCCAUCACCAUCGUCGCGAGAUCUUCUCAUUUUUUAUUUCGUGUCGCGAGAUUGUCGCGAACACGAGCGAAUUUAGACGUCGCGCAACAUCGCGUUGUACAGUGAACUCGGGAGAGGAAUCGCAAACGGUGUCGCGAGGUGAUCGAAGGAACUCGGCGACGGGACUCGUUCCGCGAAAUUGAACCGCUCAUGCGAAUCGCGACUCAUUUCGAGGAUCCGCUGGAGCGAGAUUGUCGCGAGCGCGAAUUUCCGCUCUCCUUCGAGCCCCCAUUCACUUUUCAUUCUUCUUUUCGUUUCUUCCCCUCGGAGGGGGAGAACAGCAGCCUCGAGAAGCGCGCGAGAGAAAUUAACAAAUGGUGUGGCUGUAAAUAUGAUAUACACGUGUAGAGAGUAAGGCCGAAGCUAUGGGGUUCAACGGACCGACACGUUCACAGAAACGUCAUCGCACCGCACACGUGCCGAUGCACGAUCACUCGCAUUCACGUAUACACAGACACACACAGACACACGCGGAAGAGAGAAGAACUUACACACCCACACAAAUUGCGCAUAGCUUAACUGUCUCUUUAUAUAGGUG